UUGUUUCCUUCUGUUUUUUUCUUUUAUUGACUUCACCAAAACGUUUCCCAAUUUUUCUUCGCAACCAAACGCACUCACAGCGGCGAAGAACCCACGGGAACGCCUAAUUUUUCCCCUUUUUCUUUUUGAAUCGAAUCGGGCUGUGAGAUGAGGAAAACAGGAGGAACCGACAAGAAGAGGGUCAGAAGGCAAUCAACUGCUGUUCAAAAUGCUGCCAAAGAUCCCAAUUCCGAUACUCCUCCUAGGAAACAAGCUGCAAAGAAGGACGUAUUUCAGUUGUUUGCUGAGAAGGUGAGAGACCACAAGGAUUUAGAAUCAAGGUGGGCCGUUUUACAAGAGACGCGUGUCGAGUAUUUCAGAGGCAAGGAUUUUGUUAGUUUUUUGAGAAAUCAUCCAGAGGUGAAGGAAAUUCUUGAUUCUGAUAAGAAUUUGGAAACUGAAGAUAUUGGCAAUGCAUUGCUAAGUAAGAAUCUCUUAGUUCGAUGCGAUCGUGUGGUGAAAACUGUUCGUCCUGGGAAGAGAAAAUUGUCUACAUGGCCAGCGCAUUUGGAGAUAUUUCCGGAUCAGGCGUUCUCUGAACAGGAUGCCUUUUUUGCUUGGACAUUUGUUAAGCGGCGGCCAUUUUGGCAGACACUUCUUUCAUUUUGUUGGCCUGUGUUGACUCUUGCAAUAUGCUUGUUUCCUGUAUAUCCUCAUCAGUGCAAGCUUUUGAUACUCUACUCGUGCGCCGGGGUUCUGCUUCUUAUACUCUCGCUUCUUUUAUUGAGGGGAGCAGUAUUUGGCAUUUUGUAUAUUCUUGUGGGCAAGCGCAUGUGGUUUUUCCCCAAUAUUCUCGCCGAGGAAGCAACUUUGCGAGAAUUGUUCCGUUUUUGGCCAAGUAAAGAUGAAGAAGAGAAACCGAAAUGGACAACCAGACUUUUCUAUGCACUGGUGGCUGUACUGAUCAUACUACUGAUGAGGCAUCACGCUCCCGAUGAGGCUGCCCGAGCAAGAUAUCAGAAGCGUGUAUCGAAUAUCAUUGAUGAUGUUCUCGAAUGGUCUCCAAGACUUGCUCUUUCUGGGAUGAUGGAGAAGCAGCAAACAGUGGUCAAUGCCACAAAUACGAACCCCGACGUGGCGGAGAACCAAACAGGUGAUAGUACAGGUCCAGAUGCUGUCCCCGACCAACCUGAGGCUGAAAUUAUCGACAACGUAGAGCAUUCUGAUCAUUAUAAUCAGGAUGGCGAUCAUACACAUCAAUAGGUUUGUUCAAUCUUUUGUGGAAGAGAACCAUGAUAAAUGUGUUCCUAUAUGAGCUUUGUUUUAAUUUUGAUUGUUUAAACACAGUUGGGUUUUGUUACUUAUAUCCUUUUUUAGGAGUCACAGAAGUUGGUUUAUAACCAAACUAAAGUGAGCUUUUCUACUGAAUUCUUCCUGAUUUAUACCACAAGUCAUCUGUGACAUGUACAUGUAAACUUUUCUUUAAAACGCUUCUAGUCAAUCAUCUCUACUUUUUUUGUGGCAAA